GACUCAUAUCCAGUAAAAGAAAAUAGCUGAUUUAGAGUAGAGGGAAGAAAUAAUUGUCUCGAAUAGAGAAGAAAAAUAAAUAUAUAUAAUAUAAAAAAAUUUUAGAAAACAGAAUAUUGAUUGUACAUGUAUGUGUAUUCGCAAAUGACAGUGCUACUUUGUUAAUAAUUCUGUAAAAAACACCCUCUUCCAGCAUGGUCAUAAUAAAUAUCAUUAAAAAUAAUCUAUCAAAAUCAAUUGGAAAUUAUUUACAAGUUGCAUCUAGAUUAAAAUACUCUACGGAAAUGUCACCUGUGUAUAAAACAUUAGCAGUAUCUACUGUGAAGCCUUUUGUUUACAUGGUCAAGUUAAACAGACCUGAGAAAUUAAAUGCAAUAAAUCCAACUAUGUGGCGAGAAUUUAAGGAAUGUUUCGAGGGAUUGGCAUUCAAUCCUGAUUGCAGAGUAAUUAUUUUAUCAGCUGCUGGAAAAGGAUUCUGUUCAGGAAUUGAUCUUCAUGGAAUGUUGGAAAUGGGUCAGGCCUUAGCACAGCACAAUGAUAUUGCACGUAAAUGCAGAGCUCUGGAGAAUAAAAUUAAAGAUUAUCAAGAUUCAUUUUCAGCCAUAGAGAAGUGUCCAAAACCUGUAAUAGCUGCUGUACAUGGUGCAUGUAUUGGUGCAGCUGUGGACAUGAUAUCCGCAACUGACAUACGCUAUGCUUCCUCUAAUGCAUAUUUCCAAAUAAAGGAAGUUGAUAUUGGCCUAGCAGCCGAUGUAGGUACACUUCAAAGAUUUCCAAAGAUUGUGGGAUCUGACAGUUUAGUAAGAGAACUUGUAUACACAGCACGAAAAUAUCCGGCGGCUGAAGCAUUGGAAAGUGGAUUUAUAAAUCGUAUAUUGGAUAAUGAGGAAAGUUUAUUGAAUAAGGCGAUAGAAGUUGCUGAAAAUAUCGCAAAAAAAAGUCCAGUUGCUGUGCAAGGUUCAAAAAUAAGCAUGAUAUAUUCCAGAGAUCAUUCUGUUCAAGAAGGAUUAGAUCAUAUUGCGAUGCAUAACAAGGCAAUGCUUCAAAGUGAAGAUUUCUUAGAUGCAGUUAUGGCACAAGCUACCAAAGGUGAUCCUCCGAUAUUCUCAAAGUUAUAAUAUUUCAUCAUUGAGUGAUAUAUUACUACUUAUUUAAUCAUAUAAUAUUUGUGAGAAAAAAAUAAUCACAAAUCUUUUUUAUAUUUUGAUAUUAAAUUUUGAUAUAUUUUUUGCAAAAAUAUAAGAAUAUAAUAUGACAUAUCAAAAAACGUAUUUUUCUAAUUAGAAUUUAAAGUACUAUUUAAUACAUAUGUAACAUUUAUAUGCUAUUUAUAUGUAAAAACGGGCACAAAUAAAUUUCAGAAAUAAAUUUAUGUA